AUCAGCUUCCUUCCCCGGCCGGCCAUGUGGUGGUGUGAGCGAGGCAUCCAGGUGCUGCUGACCACCAUGGGGGCGUUCGCAGCCUUCGCCCUGAUGACGGUGGCGAUCGGUACAGACUACUGGCUGUACGGCGCCUUCAUCUGCAACAGCACGGCCAAUUCAUCCCAGGAGUCCAGCAACAAGGAAAAAGACCCAGGGGCGCUCACCCACUCCGGCCUCUGGAGGAUCUGCUGCCUGGAAGGCUUGAAGCGAGGUGUGUGUUCCCAGAUCAACCAUUUCCCUGACGACGCGGACUACGACCAAGAUGCUGCAGAGUAUCUGCUGCGUGUCGUGCGAGCCUCCAGCAUCUUCCCCAUCCUCAGCGCCAUCCUGCUGCUGCUGGGGGGAAUUUGUGUCGCCGCCAGCGGCUUCUACAAGAGCAAAAGGAACAUCAUCCUCGGGGGAGGGAUUCUCUUUGUAGCUGCAGGCCUCAGCAACAUAAUCGGAGUGAUCGUGUACAUCUCUGCAGCGCUGAGCGACAUCUCACCAAAGAAGGACGAGGACAAAAAGUGGCACUACUCCUACGGCUGGUCCUUCUACUUUGGCGGUCUGUCCUUCAUCCUGGCUGAGAUGGUGGGAGUCCUCGCUGUCAACAUCUACAUUGAGAAGAACAAAGAGCUGCGCUGCCGCUCCCGCACCGACCUCUUCAAGAGCACGACGCACGCCAUGCUGCGCCUGCCCAGCUACCGCUUCAGACGGCGCUCUCGCUCCAGCUCACGCUCCACCGACCCGCCGCACUCACAGGAGACCUCGCCCAUCGGUGCCUCCAAGACCUUCAGCCUGCCACCCUCUGCUCCUCCUUUCUCGGUGGCCACGCUGCCUAACCCGCACCACACCAGCAGUGGUGGAAGCGGAGGGGGCGGAGACAUCUCCAUGUACACCCUGGGGAGGGACUCCAAGCUGGGCAGCCUGGGAGGAGGCGCCCCACCUCUCUACGGGACGGUGGACCGCGCCACACUGUACCAGCUCCACAACUACUUCCCAAAAGAUUCCACUGGCAGUGGAGGAAGUGGAGGAGGAGGAGGAAGUGGAGGAGGAGGAGGAGGAGGAGGAGCGGUGGUCAACAGCGGUACACUGCCUCACUCUAAGUCCAACCUGGCAGCAGCAGCGGCUGUAUCCCAGAAUUCAGCACCGCUGAACACCUCCACGACUGCCGUAGCACCAGCCCCUGCAGCUCCGAUCUCCACAGCCACCAUGGAGAGGGACAGAGGCAACGUGGGAACCCUGGACCGGCUGACCGCCAAAAGGGACAGGGAUAGCAACUCAGAUACACUAAACAGGAAAACUACGCCAGUUUAGAGUCUCAGAGUGGGAGGGAGUGUUACGAUGAAAGAGGAAGAAGACACGAGAGGUAUUUGAAGUUAAAGAGAGGAGGCGUAGGGCUGAAAAUGUGUGGGUGUUUAUUCAGCAGUGAUGUUUCUGUCCUUGAGCCUGGGGUAUCCAACUGCCAUGAUUUACUUUACCACAUUUAUAAGGUGGUAUUUUUCUCCUAACUUCAUGUUUAGCUUGUUCGCUCAGAUAUUGAUUUAAUAAUGGCUUGCUGUGCUCCAGGUUUAUAAUCAAUGUGUUAACCUGGAAGCAGCAGUUCAUGAUGAAUUGUGAGUGUACAAUGGAAAACGGCCACCCUAUAAAUAUGGUGCAUAUCAUAA